AUGCUUGUAGACACCGGGAGUUCCAUGGACGUGUUGUUUAAGGACACGGUGACACGAAUGCAUUUGUCUCCAGACCUGAUACGACCAUCGGACUCGGUACUAGUAGGAUUUUCGGGGGCACCUGCUAAGGUGAUCGGGCGCGUGCGCCUCCCCGUCACCUUGGGUGACGAAGAGCAGCGGGUCACACAUGCUAUUGUCUUCGGGAUCAUGGAUUGCCCAUCCCCUUACAACGCCAUACUUGGAAGACCUCUUUUAGCUCUGUUUAAUGGUGUGGCGUCUACUUGCCAUCAGACGCUGAAGUUCAUCCAAACCGCCCCAUCCCACAUACAAAUCACCUGA